CAGUUGACUGAAGCCCGCAGCUGAAGGCAGGGCGGCAGAGCCCGGGAAGCAGCAAGGGGGGGAAAAAAAGGGGGGGUAGCGUUUUGGUUCAGCGGUAGCAACCGGCACCGACAUGUCUCACGCUUCUCCGCUCUCGAAACCGUCCAACCAGAACAACCCCCGAGUCUUUUUCGAUGUGGACGUUGGGGGUGAACGAGUUGGUCGAAUGGUAUUCGAACUGUUUGCAGAUAUUGUACCUAAAACUGCAGAGAACUUCCGUGCAUUGUGUACUGGAGAAAAAGGUAUUGGGCCUACAACUGGAAAACCUCUUCAUUAUAAAGGAUGUCCUUUCCAUAGAAUUAUCAAGGAAUUUAUGAUCCAGGGUGGAGAUUUUUCAAAUCAGAAUGGAACAGGUGGAGAAAGUAUAUAUGGAGAAAAGUUUGAAGAUGAAAAUUUUCAUUAUAAGCAUGAUAAACCAGCUUUGCUCAGCAUGGCAAAUGCAGGAUGCAAUACAAAUGGUUCACAGUUCUUUAUCACAACUGUGCCCACCCCUCAUCUUGAUGGGAAACAUGUGGUCUUUGGGCAAGUGAUCAAGGGCAUGGGUGUCGUAAAACUUCUAGAAAAUGUUGAAGUAAAUGGAGAAAAACCUGUCAAGUUAUGCAUUAUUGCAGAAUGUGGAGAGCUAAAAGAAGGGGAAAACUGGGAAGUCUCUCCCAUGGAUGGUUCUGGAGAUAUUUAUGCUGAUUUUCCUGAAGAUUCUGACAUAGAUUUAAAGGAAGUUGACAAGAUUGUGACUGUAGCUGAAGAUGUAAAAAAUAUAGGCAAUUCUUUCUUCAAAUCACAAAAUUGGGCAAUGGCAGUCAAGAAAUAUAGCAAGUCUUUGAGGUACAUUGACGCUUCAAAAGCUGUGGCAGAGGAACAAAGUACAAAGCUGAAUUCAGUAGCAUUAACAUGUUAUCUUAAUACUGCUGCAUGUAAACUGAAAUUAUUGGAAUGGCAGGAUGCAAUUGAAAACUGUGCUAAG